AUGCUUGUGUUCAGCUGGGUCAAAGCCCAUAUUGGAGACCAAGGAAAUGAAAGAGCGGACAGUCUGGCUAAAGAGGCUAGUUAUCUAAAAACAAAGGAAUCAUACAGAGAAAUAUCUACAAAAGACAUUAAAACUAAAAUCAAAAAUAGAUACAUAUUACAGUGGCAACAACGGCGGGAAAUAACUACAAAAGGAAGGGAACUCUUUGAAUACAUACCAGAUAUUAACCAGAGGUUGAAUAAACAUCUACAAAUUGGACACAAAUUCACAAGAUUCGUGACAGGACAUGGAAAUUUUGCGAAAUAUCAUUAUAGAUUUAAUCAUCGAGAUGAUGAAAACUGCGGGAUUUGUGGGCAGACAAAGAAUCAGUAUAAGAAAACUACAUUACAAGCUAGAGCUGAUAGCUGGCGUAAUAAGGCGUUACAUGGACAGUUCCUGGACAAAAUUGAAGGAAAGGUGGAUAAAGAAAGAACCUGGUUAUGGCUUACCAAUGGAGCAUUGAAGAAGGAGACAGAAGGCCUGAUUUUUGCAGCCCAGGAACAAGCAAUCAGAACAAAUGCAAUUAAGGCAAGAAUUGAAAAAUCUGCUGAUGAUCCAACAUGCAGAUUAUGUAAAGAAGCUGAUGAAACUAUUGAUCAUAUUCUCAGCUGCUGCAAAAAAAUUGCACAAACAGAAUAUAAACAGAGACAUAAUUCUGUGGCUAAAAUGAUCCAUUGGAACUUGUGCCACAAUUAUCAUAUACCUACAGGGAAAAAUUGGUGGAAACAUAAUCCCGAAAAAGUAGUUGAAAAUGAAUGUGUCAAAAUACUAUGGGACUUCCGGAUCCAGACUGAUAAAGUUCUGGAACAUAAUACGCCAGACUUCACGAUUGUGGAGAAGAAGAAAGUGUGGAUUAUAGAUGUCGCCAUACCGGGUGACAGUAGAAUUGACGAAAAACAACAAGAAAAACUUAGCCGAUAUCAGGACCUAAAAAUUGAACUGCAACGUCUCUGGCAUAAACCAGUACAGGUGGUCCCAGUGAUUAUUGGCGCACUGGGGGCUGUGCCAAAAGAUCUUAGUCAGCACCUACAAGCCAUAAAUAUUGACAAAAUUACUAUCUGUCAGUUGCAAAAGGCCACCUUACUUGGAUCUGCUCACAUCAUUCGAAGGUAUAUCACACAGUCUUAA